UCCAUAAGUAUAGGAAUUUGAGCUUCCAAGGUCCCAACCUCUACCCACCAUCCAAAAACCGCUCAUGGACAACAGGUCAGCGCAGAAGGCUUUAAGGCGCGGAGGAAGGCACAAGUGGUUGCCUGAAAUACUAAGUACUCCAGCCAACUGGUACCACAACUAGGCUGCUAUGUUUCUGUAUCUGUCAGUCGAUAAUCACGAGAGAGCGCCUGUCUCUUCUACACACACACGCUCUGUCUGUUCGCACCUUCCCAUUCAACCUGUCAAGCUCGGUUGAGUCGAGUCAAGUUGAGUCGCUGUGUUUUAAUCCAAAAGAAAGCGGCCACGUUCCCCAGUGGCAUCGGAUGCAAAACGCUUGAAAAUGGACCACCCGAGGCUCUUCCGCGAGUUCGCAGAGAAAGUCCAGGCAAUCUGCGCCACUACUGAUCCCCAGGAUAUUCUUGAUGCUUUGAGGGAAUUGGCGGAAGGAAGGGCGGCGAAGUUGCAGGAUGGGACGCAGGUAGAAGCACUUUCUGGCCUUGGAAAUCAAGCUGGUGACCAGAAUCCGCAUGAAUCAUACACGCAAACAAUGGCUGCAUUGCUACGUUGGGGUGUCAAUACAUUUCCCAAUCACCCGUUGCACGAGGAGCCUAACCUGUGGGAAACAAUGGCACUCUUUGAUGGCCCCAGAGGUUAUAAUCAGCGGUUAAUCAGCGAUGGACUCUAUAUCGACGGACUCCGCGUGGAAUAUGUCGAGCCUCCGGAAGCAGGGUUACUCGUCCCGGUAGUGCCGAAGCCAAAAAUCCUCGUACCAUCUCAACGACAACCAAUUCAGCCUUUAGAUGAAGAUCUUCCGUAUAUUUCGGAGUUCUUGCGUGGUAUCAACACUGCUAGAGCCGUCGUGGCCACCCGCUGCAUGUUUGGCUGGCCACAAUUGUCAUUACACUGUAUGUGCCUCUAUGUGGAUGCAGAGGACACAUCCUACCUUGCGAACUUGGUUGCUUCUCAGGCAGAGCCUGGCGUUGUUGUGAAGGCGGAGCUUUGCGACAUAGCGGACUAUAUGUCUUCGGCCCAAGACAUCUUGGGGUUCUCAGGCCUCAGCCGUUUAGAGCAUAGCGAACGACGGUACUCACUUCGGAAAAAUCCCGUCCCACGUUCCGUUCGCGAGCGUGUUCAUCAUGGACAGUCCAUCUCUCUCAUGGGAGAAGAAUCAAAGGGCUCGGUUGGGGUUUUUCUAUCCCCUUGUGGCGUCGAACAGCCCAAAACCUACGCCUUAACCGCAUACCACGUCGUACCGUUCAAGGCAGCCGAUGAGUCGCGUGCUAUCAUACCCGGAGGACUUGAUAUCUUGAGUCAAUUACUAAAGGCUCUUGAAGAUCCCCCAGGUCGCGAUGACGUCGGAGUGCUGGUGAAAAGAUGGAACGAACCCUGCGGGAAUGUAGAAUAUGGGAGUAUCGGAGCAAAUCAACAAGGGUGGAGAUGCGAUUUUGCAUUGGUUCGGCUUGACGAACAUUUGCUAGGGAGAAAUGGCGAAUGGUAUAAUCAUGAAGAGAUGACUGAUCUAUACAUCCGAACUGAAAAGUGUUCCAAUUUCUCUGGAAGCCAUGGUAUUGUGGGCAGCAUUGACCCACAAGCUGGAGAGAUCUCUUACAAGGAUGGCGCAGCGACAGGUUGCACAGCAGGAAAGAUAGGUUUAUCUGAAGCACUGAUGUUUGUGCGUGGAACAUCGGACAUUGCUACACAAGAAACAUCCGCUCCUAUCGACAAAACCAAGCUUAUUACGCUACACCAACUUGGUCACGGUGCUGUAUGUGACAAGGGCGACUCAGGAUGCGGUGUUUUCGUGCCAGUCCCUCAGGAAGAUGGUUGGAAGUGGGCCGGGCAAUUAGUUCAUAUGCUACAUGCGAGCAGCGAGGCAGAUAUAGGCCUUAUGAUACCGCAGAGCCAAGUUUUUCAAGCCCUAAGAGAGAACACAGGGAUGACUUGGAUGAUGCCUGGAGUUUAGCUAGAAGACAUUGUACACGCUACGUGUGCAGUCGUGGGCAUUCUUAGCUACCUGAGGAUUAAAUAGCUAGCCUGAGACUAAUAGAAUUAUUUCCAAUAAGCCCGCUAGCUACUACGGCAGCAUCUCA